AGGCGUCUUGGGUUCGAUCGAACCCAAGCUCUAGGUUGCCUGGGUUUCGAACGAACCCAGAGCUUGGGUUCGAUCGAAACCCAGGGCAAGGCUCUGGGUUCGAUCGAAACCCAGAGCCUAGGUUCGGCUCUGGGUUUCGAACGAACCCAGGAGAAAAAAUAAAAAAAAAAUUCUCUUUUUUUUUUUCUAUGGAUUUGGUUGGUUGAUGAUGAUGAAGAAGGCAAAGCUUGCUGAGGAACACUGUUGUUCUAGGUUCGAAUGGGUUUAGGGAAGAAAGGGGAGAAGGGUUCAGGUUUUGCAAGAGGUGGGACCCACUGCCUGGGUUUCGAACAAACCCAGAGCUUAGGUUCGAUCGAAACCCAGGGCAAGGCUCUGGGUUCGAAUGGGUUUAGGACGAAAGGGGGAGAAGGGUUCAGCCGAAUAAAAAGAUGCACUAGAAGACAUGUUACUGGAAGGGUUCUUGGAGAGGAUUGGAGAGAAGAGGAUGAUAUGCGGGUGGGCGCCACAAGUGGAGGUUCUAGCUCACAAGGCAAUUGGAGGCUUUGUAUCUCACUGUGGAUGGAACUCGAUUCUAGAAAGUUUGUGGUAUGGAUCGGAGUACCUAACGUGACAUGGCCUAUGUAUGCUAAGCAACAACUCAGUGCGUUCAUGAUGGUGAAGGAAAUGGGAUUAGCAGUGGGAGUCGAGAUUGGAUUUCAGGAGCAACGGCAAUCUCGUGAUGGCAAAGGAAAUAGAGCGAAAGCUUUGCACUGUGUCAUGGAUGGUUGUAGUUUAGUGAGGGUGAACGUGAAGGAAACAUCAGACAUUGCUAAGAAGGCCAUUAAGGAUGGUGGGUCUUAAUUGCUUUCCGUUGGACGUUUCAUAGAGGAUAUUGACGGAAAAACUGUCGAUGUUUGAUUGUUUUGAGUUUGAUCUUUUCUAUUGUUGAGGAGGGAACAAUAGCCAUACUGGGAGGCAUUCAUUUUCAUUACAUUGUAUUUGUACGCAGAUUUUCCAGUUGGAUUUCUUCAUCAUCUGUAUCUUUGAUUACGGCUCUGGCGACUUGUUUUUAAUGGUUGUAACAGCAUCUUUCGUGUUCAUUCUUUGAACAUUGCUUCAAUUUGUCAUUUUUCAACUACCAUAACAAGAACGGUAUGUUAGCACUGACUUGGUGGUGUCUUGUGGAUGGAGUGUGGAGGAUGUUUUGUUGGUUUAUAAAUGAAUUAAAUAUAA